AAAAGUCAAGUGAUAAAAGACGAAAACGCAGUGCCAAAAAUGCGUCGCAAUCAAAGUUGCUCAUCGAUAAACGCGAUCAAUGAAGUGUUCAUCUUUCUUUCGAUUGCCACUUUAUUCGCCAAUUGCCAGCCAGCAGUCAAUUUUGCCAAGACAAUUGAGUGCGGUCAAAGCACGGCAUCGCCCACAUCUGAAGCAGCAGUUUUCAAUAAUGGCUCUUAUUCCUACACCGUCAACGUCAACAACAAAGAAAACAAUGUCAGCGCAAAUGUUGACGACAUUCAAAAUAAUAACAACAACAACGACAACAACACAAAACCGUCGAUUGGCCCGAGAUCUUCCAAGAGAAUUCUGCCAUUUUCAUCAACAGGUGCCUUCACAGCCUCCAAACUGGCAGCCAAUGUGGCGGCUGUGAAGGCGGCUGUUGCUCAACAGCUGGAGCAUGACACCGACGUGAACUUGCACAUUGUCGGCGGCAGUGGAGCGUAUCGCGGGGAAUUCCCGUUCAUCGUGUCCUUGGUCUACGGAGGCAGACACUUUUGCGGAGGGGCCAUGAUCCACGAGUCCUUCGUCGUCACUGCUGCUCAUUGCUUUUUACCGCGUUUAUUUGGGUCUCCGCAAAAUCCGCAAAAUCUUUUGGUGCGAAUCCGAGAAUUCGUUCGAUCUACACGCGAUCCGUACGAAGAGGACAUCGUGGUGAUACGCGCAUUUGUUCACGAACAGUGGGAAUCGUCUAUCUUCAAGGGAUCCAUUCAUGACAUUGCGUUGCUGCAGUUGGCAAAACCCGUUGCCUGGGACAAUUAUGUUCAGCCCAUAUGCAUAGCACCGCAAUCCUUCUCAACGGAUGCUGGAAUAAUAGCGACAGUCAUUGGUUGGGGAACAACUACUUUCGGUGGUCAGCCCAGCGAUUCUCUGCAAAAAGUCGAAGUCCCAGUGAUAACAAACGCAAAAUGCCGACUGAUGUACAUGUUGAAUCUUCUUUUCCAUCCGAACAUUGAUUUGAGCCACAUUUGCGCCGGUUGGCGUGGCGGCGUCGAUUCAUGUCAGGGUGACAGUGGAGGUCCGUUGUUUGUAAAAAUUGGGAACUCGUAUUCCUUGCUUGGAGUGGUGUCCGAAGGAUUUGGAUGUGCCAAAUUCCUCAACCCUGGCAAAUACACCAGGGCUCCAUUUUAUCUCAAGUGGAUCAGAACCCAUAUUGACAAAGGUCUGAAGUUGAACCAAGAUCACCCAUCCGAAGAAGAACCCAAGGAUGAGGCUGUAUCAAAAAACAGAUUGGAGAUUUCCAAGCUCUAGGUACAGCAUACAAUUUAUGUGAAACAACAACCGAUAAAGACGAGUGAUUAUCCAGAAAUUGAUUACGGUUGACUCCGUGGUUCAUUUGUUGGAAAACGUUUUAUGACUGCUGUAAGAUUAUGUCAUGGUGAUUCUUGGAUGAUAUGUUUUCGAAAGCGUUUUCGAAAAUUCGGAAAAUAAAAGAAGCCUGAAAUAGCUUGUGAAAAUUAGCAACCCGUGAGGAAGUUCUCGAAUCUGACGCUUGUUUUUUAAACAACGGAGUUUCCGGUUUAUUUCUAUUUUUUUCUAAAUUCACGCGGAC